AUUACUCCUCUGCUUCUACUCUACAAUCUACAGUGCUUUUCUCUUUAGCAAUGGCUUCUCUUUUAGCUACCAAGGUUUGUAAAUGUUUGUUAUUAGCCGCCACUCUUCUCCUAAUCUCCGUAGCUACCGUCUCUGUGUCUGCUUUAGAGUUCAAUGUCGGCGGUGCGAAGGGUUGGGUUAAACCCACCGGAAACGAGAAUGAAACCUACGAAGAGUGGGCUAACAAAAACAGAUUUCAUGUCGGAGAUUCCAUCGAUUUCAAGUACCAGAAUGAUUCCGUGCUCCAAGUGAACUACAACCACUACAAGAACUGUGACGUUUCAGAUCCGAUAUCCAAAUUCAACGACGGGAACACAGUGUUCCGAUUUGAUCGUUACGGUUUCUUCUAUUUCAUUAGUGGGGAGCCCGGGCACUGCAAAUCUGGUCAGAAACUGGAUAUUCGGGUUAUGGUUCACCCGAGAGUAGAACCACCCAGUCCUGCGGCUCCUGCCCCCUCGCCAGGAUCAGGUAGCCGUUCCGGUGGUGGAACAGGUGGCGCCGCUGGAGGACCGCCUACACCAAACUCUACUGUUAAACUCUCAGUUGGAUCUUAUUUCAAGUCUGCUUUUUGGGGCAUGAUUGUCGUUCUCUAUUGUUCGUUUAUGUAGGAAUUU